CCGGUGCCCGACGCUUUCCUUGGUUCCUGAUGUGAUCUGGCAACGGCGGCUCUCGCUAUGAGAAGCGACUUGGCUCGUCCUGCCCGGCUGCAGCACAACGUGCAAAUUAUGAUUUUUCUUCCUUGUUGGGUUUUUCCGAUUCUGUUGAAUGUGUAAUUACAACUAUGGCAACAAAAGUGGAAAUCAGUUCUGCUCUGGCGUCUCUGACGGCGGUGCCUGACCUGAAGGAGAUCACGAAGGAGGAUAAGCCGCAGCGGGUGUACGUGAGCGUGCUUUCCGAUGCGAGCAACAAGGCACACGAGCCUUCGGCACCACGCGCCCUGGAGGAGAAGAACAAAUUCACGAGCACGCUGAGGUCUGCAACCAUGCCGACGCUCGGAUCGAGGCCAAGGCUCUUCCCAAAGCCCUUUUCGAAAGAGAAGUCUUCGGAUACUUUUGCAAAUGUAAAACCACCUGUUACGGCUUUCAAACCAAGUAAUCUUAUUAGAAAGGCUGCUGAGGAAACAUCGCCCGCUAAGGGAUUAAGUGGCAGUGUCCCUCCAUUAGUAGAGCAUAAAGUAAUUGAAAGUGAACAUAAGGCUACCAGCGAAGUGGUCACGAAUAUGACUUUCUACACGGGUCCCAGCGCUAACACUGUUAUCCUUUUCGAGACAGCUGGCACGGAGCAGUCAAAGGUCAGCGUGGCCCAAGGCAAAAGGGCUGCUGAUGACCACAGAGUAUUUGGCACCCUGCAAACAAAAGAGCUUCAGUUUAACACAAAGCUUGAGAAACCUUCUCAGCCGUCUGAGGCCACCAGGAAGACUGAAGGAUCCAUUCACAGGCAGAUAUCACUCUCUCCCAAUCCUAGACCUGUCUCUUGGAACUCCCUCAAAACUCGUGAAAAGAAAGAUGCUUAUGAAGAUGUUACAGGGGAGAAAACCAGUGAUGACACAAACAACGUCAGCAGUAGAGGCGGCUUUUCUGAUGUGCAGCAAAGGCUAAAACCUAGACCAGUGUCUGCUGCUUUUCUAGAAUCACUAAGAGAUCAGAAGCAUCAGCCGGUGGAAUCUGUGGAGGAAAAAUCUCCCACAGAGAAAUCCUGGGCUAGAAAACCCAGGCCUUUGUCCAUGGAUCUGACGGCUAAGUUUGAGCAUAAGGAUCUCUCUCCCUGCAAAAAGACCUGCUCAUCCCAUGAGAGCAAGGAGAACAUGUCCUUAACUUAUUUCACUGAUGUGAGCUGUCGUGAGCAGUCUGAAAUGGGGCCAAAAAAUGAAGACAAGGAGUUCAAGACAGACAGCUCGUCUAAAACAAGCUUGAAGCGCAGUAGUCAUGACAUUGGUGUCCUGAACGAUGGGAAGUACCUGUGGGAAUCGCAGCAGAAAUGUAAAAGUGAACCAAGCGAGAGCAAACCAGAAGUAGCUGCUACCUCGCGUGGCUCUGAAAGAUGCUCUGACGCUAGUGGUGACAGCAGAGCUAAUAAGGAGGCAAAAAGAUCGGAUCUAAAGGAAACUUGUGUGCUUCUAACUCGGGAGAGCCCUGCAGCUCCCUCGGAGAAGGAGAACAGUAUCAAAAGGGGCAGUGUUAAAAAACACAUUAGUCUGUUUGCUUCAGAAAGUCCGAGUGCUCCAGUGGAUACAGAGCCUCUCCCCUCACCUGGCGAGAGGGAGAACGGCUACGUGACCAUCCAGCAGAGAAUCAAAGAGCUCACAACAGAGAGCGCGGAUGUGAAACCAGCACCUCUGCGCAGGUCGCCCCAGUCCCGGCCGCUUUCUGCAGACCUCACAAAGAUGUUUUCAAGUCCAACAUCAAGCAGUGAAGUCAAGCCAGAGAAACCUGCUGAGAUAAGAAAUGACUCUACCACUGAAAUGCAAGAAAAAAGUAAGGAGGCCAAGCUUCUCCAGGGCACAGAUUUCAGUGAAGCAUCCGCCGUUGGGAAUGCUUGGAAACCCCGGCAGAUUCUAAAACUAACCAACAAAGUGGAUCAGGCAGAGGCGAAAGGAGGCUUCCUUGGAGACAGUCAGCAUUUUCCUCUGCAAGGUGAAAACUCGGUCUCCUUCACAAGCAGCUUCGAAAAAAAACUGAAACCAGCCCCGGUUAUGGAGAAGACCUAUGUGAAAACUGUCCGGGCCACCAUGUUUGACCACAACGUUGAGAGACAUAAUGUGGCUGCUGGUCAUUCUGCAGCUGAUUCGGCACUGAAGAUGACUAAUGAGCUUGAAAGAAAGCCUGACACGGUGACUUUGGGGCACAACAAAGGGUCGCAGGGGGCAGAAGCGGUGGAGGAGACGGCUAGCAUGAAGCAGUAUCACAGACAAGCUCAUUCAUCAAAACAUACAGCAGAGGGAGAAAGAAGUGGAAACGCAGCCUGUUCAAGUGAAGGCAAGAAAAUGACUCAGACGAUUCUGUUAGAAAAACCUGCUGUUGAGAAAAGUGAAAAACACACUCCUAGAAACGUGGAAGACUCUGUAACUCACCAAAGAAUAGAGCCAAGAUAUGAAGUCUUUCAGACGUUUGGUGAAAGGGUUCUCAGCGAAGCCAUUACAAUGGCUCCCGAGAAGAAGGCUAUGACUCUCAGAACUAGAAAAUCAUCUGUGAAAGAGAAGAAAAACAAUGGGGAUGUUUUACACACUGAACAGCCUGCCAGGCUAAAUAAUAAAACUGACUACUUGAAAGAAGCUGGCGAUGCUUCAGAAACUAAAGACACAAAAAUGUUUCCAAGCAGGUUUACUUUUAAAGAACCUAAUGACUUUUCCUUCAGUGCAUGUACUUUACCUGAGCAGAAAAAGGACCCUGGAAAACCUGAAACUGCUCCAAUAUUAAUAGCAGAGAAGAUACAUUAUUCUACAGACAAAAAUAAAAGCCUGGGAAUAAAUGAGCAAGCAAAUAAACCACAUUCUGAGGUUAAAAAUGAAGAGAGUGAAGUCCCUUCCACAGAGCGGCCUAGUGUGGUGAAAUACUCUUCUGAGAAAAGGAGCGUAAGAUCAGGCAGAGCAGAGGGCCACGAAUUCAGAACCAACUUUGGUCAUGAAGUUAUUUUAACCAGUGUAAAUAAACAUGGGGCCCAGUCUUCAUCAGUGGUUUCAAGUGGACAAGUAUGUAAAUCUUCUAGUAGCCACCAUCCUGAUAUGGAAGUACUAUCCACUAGCAAAGAAAAACCUAGAGCCUUUGAUUUAAGGAAGUGUGUGGACUCUGUGGAGCAGAGCUUUAGCUUAGAUAGGACAGCACAUGAGAGUAGAGAGAAAUUCAGAGUAACAGAACCAGAGGAAAAGAUCAGGAGAACCAAAAGCAGCAUUGCAGAUUUGAAAAUUUCAGAAAGAUGGAGAAGAAAGACCUUGCCCCAGGAUUCAAGCAGGAUGGAAGAGGUUGGCUUGCUCACUCCGGAGAGUAUCAGAAGGCUGAACAGGACAGAGUCCUUGCAGUUGGAAGAAGGCUUAGUGAAAAAGAGAACUAAAAAGAGCAGGGAAGGAAUGGAAGGAGAUGAGCCAAACCAAACUGCUGAGGACUACUUGAAAAAUCAGAGUUCUGCUUUUGAACCAAAGGAGACUUAUUUUGCAGUUACGUACCAGGUUCCUGGUGACAAAAAAGAGAAAAGCUUUGGUACCCCCAGUGCGCGUGAAGCUUGUAAAAUUUCUCCCUCCGGUGAGGUAGUAGCAAGUAAUUUGGAUCCUGCUUUUUCCCAAAGGUCCAAACCUGUGUUACAACAACCCAAUAAAAAUAUAACACAUGCGAAUUGCAGAGAAGACUCACGAGAUGCAUAUAUUAGUAAGGAUUGGGUGAAAGAGGAAGAAAAGAAUGAAGCUAACUCUUCCAGAAGCAUUGCAGUCACUAAUUUUCAACUGUCUGGGAAAGAUAACCAAAAGUAUCAUGAAAAAAAUCUAGAUUGUGCUAAAGACAAAACUGUUGAUGUUAAUGCUUUUCUGUUAAAACAGGACCUGGAAAAUACACGUCAAACUGACCUCAGAGGCAGUGCACGAAAGGUUUCUUCUUACUAUGAACCCAGAUUUGCCCAACAUUUCACACAGUUGCAUAAAAGCAGUGAACUAGUAAGUCACAAGAGUACUGAAAGCAAUUUUGAUACAGGGGGAGGGAAGGCUGAGCAUGGUUAUAGAUCACGAAUUCUUGAUAUUGAUGCCCUUAUGGCAGAAUAUAAAGAAGAAUCGGUGACUCAGGAGAAGCUCCCUGAAGAUCACAGUGUAUUUAAUAGGGAGUUACCAAAGAACAAAAGACAUGUGUCAGAUUUGACUUCCUCCUCCUAUAGCUGGAAAGAGAGGAAGGGAUCAGAACACUGUUUUGCUAAAAACAAACAAGGUGACCAUGCACAAGACUACAACAGACCAGAGAAAUUAAUCCUGAAUGAAAAGAACAGUGAGAAAGUGGAAACCUUUGGCUCUGAAUUUGAUAAGCACAAGCCCAAGGAGAGAAAGUUCAGCCCUCCCUACUGGGGCAGUCCUAGCAGCUUGUUCUCAGAGAAGUUGGUAAAUUCACCCGUGGAGUUCACCAGGAAAAAAACGUUCAUCAUUGAUGAAGAUCAAGAAAUGAACCUAGUCUCCAGGCAACAAAGUUCAGCGUUCGCAGUUGACAGGGUACAGCCUGCAAGUGUAAUUGGUACAGACCAAAAGCUGGAAAUCAAUUUGGCUUCGAAGUUGGUUGUAAAGGCUGAUGUUGGCCCUUUACAGAAGAAGUUGCUCACAAAAGAGCAGUUCUUGGAGGUGGCUUCAGAAGGCGACCAGAGCAGAGACGUAACGCGGAGCUAUAUGAGUAAGAGCAAAGACGAUGCGGGUAAGACGUGGCGUGACGGUGACCCUGCCAGUGUGAAGAGCAGAACGGAUUGGCAGAGCUACACGUGCUCCCUGGGAAGCGCUGCGCCGGAUUUGAGACGCUCCUAUUCAGAAAAGAGCCGCCAAGGAAAGGACACCGUGCCGCUUACGAAAGAAGCAAGGGGCAGAAAGGAUCUGCAUCGGUUCAGACAGAGCUUCCCGCCAGAAAGUGUGGAAACCGGCUGGCAGAAAAAGACGUCCUCUCAGUCGGAAUCUUUCUUCCAUGAAGAUAGGAAGGCUUCUGGAAAAGUGUGGACCAGGCAGAGCUCAGAAAAAGCAGAUGGAGCAGACUUCACACUUCACAUUCAGAGAAGAAGCCAGAGCUUCUAUAAAGACAGAAGGGUGGAUAGCUGGACGGACCAGCUGAAGCAGUGCUUCUCCAGACCCUCGCCCGAGGCCAAGGACACGGACACGCUGGUGCGGGAGCCCGACAGCCGGUACGGUACCUGGGGCGAGCAGCGGCACAGCGGGGACAGCUUCGCAGCCGAAUCUCCAUCCUCAGAAAACAAUGUCAUUUCAUCAAGAAAGCAGCCCCCCAACAGCCAUCCGUCCUCCCUGUCCUCCCAAACGGAACCUGCCUCCCAGGUUGAUCACCAUGACUCUUCGAGAGACCAAAGGAGCACAAGCCUGGACCGUUCCAGCACUGACAUCGACUCCACGGAUGGGGCCGACUUGCCUCCUCCUGGAGACACCUACCCCGAGGAGAAGACCACUGAUUUCUCGUUCAUUGAUCAAACCACUGUCCUAGACUCCAGCGCACUGAAGACUCGUGCACAGCUCAGCAAAAAGAGACGCCACCGGGCCCCCCUUUCCCACUCUCUUCGAAGAAGUAGAGGGUUGGAGUUUGAGAACAGAUUUUCUUUGGAGGAUCCAGACACUUCCUGGAUGUUUAAAGAUUCCACAGAAGAGAAGAAAACUAUGCAACAAGAAGAUUCUGAUGAGGAAGAGAAAAUACAUCGUAUUGGGAAAUCAUCUUCUGUACAAGCUCAGAGGCUUCCAGUAUUCCCGGGAAUGGACCACGCUGUCCUCAAGGCCCAGUUGCGGAAAAGACAGGAGUCUGAGACUUCUGGUGAAGUAAGUUCUGCGCAGCUGUUCAAGUCCCCGAAAGCCCCCGGGAGCAGAGUGCCGCCCUCCAGUGCGGAGCGGGAGGACAGGUCAGAAGAAAAGUCCCCUCAGUGGCUGAAGGAGCUGAAAUCAAAGAAGAGACAGAGCCAUUAUGAGAAUCAGGUUUGAAAAGAUAAUGACGAUGACCAGGAGAAGAUACAGAAGUUUAACAGAAGCCUUAACUCAUCUGAACCUAAAAUUCACACGUCAUGUUGCUGCUGUUUGCUUCCUGCCUCAACUGCUAUGUGCAUGGUGCCUUCCUGUUUUGUGGAGAAAGCUGCUUAACGUUCAUAGUCAAAUACAAAGCUGCAUCUUUCCAGCUUCGGGAGCUGAGCCACGUCAGCCCUGGCAGGAGGAGCGAGAGCUCCACAGGUAGCACGGAGGGGCCGGAGCGCCGGUCUGGCCGUGCUGGGCACCGGGACGGGCCCCUCGCUGCCUCCCACGACGCCCGCUCCCGUGUGCGUGUUCGGCGCCCCGGCAGCGGCACUUCUGGGGGGCUGCCAGCUCCCAGGCUGCUUUUGUAUUUGCUUAUGAAAAUAACAAUUUUAAUCAAUUUUAUCUUUUUUGUAAAAAAGAAAAAAAAGUAAGCUCUGAUUUAGAAUGCAGUUUGUGCAAGGUGAGAGUGAAAGAACAAAUUAUGUUUACUGCCAUACUGAAAAAGGAAACUUGAUUAUUUUUUGUAAAAUGUAUUUUUGAUUGGCUUAUAUUUACAUGUGAUCUGCUGGUCUAGCAGAUGAGUAUAAUUUUUAGAUGAACAAAAUGUUAAUUUUUGUCAUUCUUGAAAUGGUAUUCUGUGUUUUGUCAGCAUGUGGAAUAAUUGCUUCAUUGGAAUGUCUUUCCUAAAAAGGAUCAAGCAAUAAUGUCAACCAGUUCUCUUGAAAAAUACAUGUAAAUACUGUUUUUUAUUAAAAAAAGAAAAAAAAAGGAAGGGAAGAGGGAGGAUGCUAAACUCAUAUCAGGGUUCCAGUUAAUUACUGAAUGUCACUUUAAUAGCAGUUUGCAUAGUCCCACUUCGUGUUUUUAUUCAUUAAUCUGUAAAUACCAGUUUUAUGUUUUUAUUCUACGCUAAUUUUGCAGGAUAAGCUAAAGGUGUUUUUCAGUUUCUCCAAGGAAUUACCUAUCUUCUUUUGGUUAGAGUAGCCGUGUAGGUAAUCUCAUCCGUAGCACUGGUGUUCUGAUUAUCACUGCUAUCACCAAUAUAUAUUAAUAUAUCUUUGAAUGCAGGUUUGGUGCCUCCACAGAGGUGUCCAGUUAAGAGGCAGUUUAUUCUUUUCCUGAGGAAGUGCUUUUCUCAGAACCCCUUUGCGGAUGCAGCCGGCAGCAGUCGUUCCGUCGUGUCGGUGGCGCUCGGCAGGGACUGGGGCUGCGCGGACGGGGUCCGUGAGUGGCCCUGCGGUACCAGGGGAGCAGCCAGGCUGCUGUUGGUGUCCCUGCCCUCCGUGUCCUGCUGAGGGGGUCUCCAAUACUCGGCGCAGCAGCAGCCUCUGUCCCUGGAGGCACCGCGGCCGGGGCCCUGCCUGCCCUCCCGCUCCGCUCCUGGGGGACGGCAGCGGGUCGGGAGACCCCUCUGUGGGGCCGGGGCGGCCCUGGGUGCUCCGUGGAGGGGGAGCGAGUGGUGAAGGGCUCCGUUCGCCGCCGCCCCGUCACCUCAGAGCCCUUUCAGGCCUCCCUGCCGCCAGCGAGAGCAGCACCGAGGUCGCUGCCGGGCAUCUCGUGCUCUGCGGCGCCUCUCCGGGGGCAAGCGGAGAGGGCCUCCCCCCAGGCUGCAGCUGGGCAGACUACUAGAGAGCUGCUCGUAAUUAAUUUUAUAAUACGUUUUAUGUGUUUUGUUCCUCCUCCUUAGAUGAUGCUGGAAAAGGCAACUCUUAGAAAAAGCCUUGAUAGGCGACUUCUGGGGUCUUUUUGAGACAGCAUUCAGAGUGUCAUCAGCUGUAUGCCGGGUGUGAUGUAUGCACUUCAGGUAGCUUGCAAGCAGCAAUGUUUGCAGGUGCGACAGACGAAUAAUCAUUAUUUUUUUUUAUCAUUACUCAAGUCGAGUGGGACUUAUUUUAAGAAGUGUCUAGAAAUCAGGUAAAUUCCCCCGCUUACAAGAAUAUUUACAGAGUCUUAAUUUUAGAAUUCAGCAGGUUGACAGUGUCUCAUUACCCGUAGUUGGAGGAUUUAAUGCUUCUUGAUCUAAUAAAUGAAGGCCAGAAAUUAUUUAAACUGCAAUAUUUGCUCUGUGCGUGAGGAAACUGAGGGGAAGAAUAUUAGGUUUCCACAAAGCCCUUUGAAUGUAUCUGCAUUUCCACGUCUGCUUGGACAAUGCACUGAAACUUAGCUGUAUUUAGCA